GUCCGGAGCGUUUGUUGAUGUCGCCGCGGCGGCGUGAGACGGGAUCCUUUUUCUCCUCUUGUGUUCCGACGACACGAGGAAAGGCGAGCGGCGUGAGAAUGCCCCCCUGCUCGUCACGAUAAAGCGCCUGUCUGUCCGCCGGCGUUUGCUCUUUGGGAUUGACUUGCGUUGGAUUGCACUGGACUGUUUUUCGCCUUCCCCGCCCCCGUACUGAAAUCUUGGAUUGUGGACUUAAAGAAGGAGAAAGCGAGAGACUGCACCUCUUCCCAGCGUCUUUAAGGUAUGGGAAGAGGAAAUACCUUUGCCCCAACUGGCCUCAGAAGAAGCUUUUUGCAAAGAUAAUCGAGAGAAAGAACUGAAGAGGAUAGAGUAUUGGUUUUGAGGAAAGGGUCACAGUGGGAGAACAUCUGGAACAUGAAGUCACCUAAGAAAAAUUUCCAUAAGAAGAGCUAGUGGAUGAAGGACUUCUGCUGCAGAAAUAUCUCUUCUUUUCUUGGAUAUACUGUAUCACCGUUCUAGUGCCUCUUUUGGUUCAUCAUUGGAAACCAGCAAGCUAGAGGAUAUGUCCAUUGCACUCAAGCAAGUUUUUAAUAAGGACAAGACAUUCCGUCCCAAACGGAAAUUUGAACCUGGAACCCAGAGGUUUGAGCUCCACAAACGAGCACAGGCCUCACUGAACUCUGGUGUGGACCUGAAAGGAGCUGUGCAGCUGCCCAGUGGAGAAGAUCUAAAUGAUUGGGUAGCAGUGCACGUGGUUGACUUUUUCAACAGGAUUAACCUGAUCUAUGGAACUAUCUGUGAAUUCUGCACAGACAGGACCUGCCCUGUGAUGUCUGGUGGUCCAAAGUAUGAAUACCGGUGGCAGGAUGAUCUGAAGUACAAGAAACCUACAGCAUUGCCAGCACCCCAGUAUAUGAAUCUCUUGAUGGACUGGAUUGAGGUGCAAAUCAACAAUGAGGACAUAUUCCCUACUAGUGUGGGUGUACCAUUCCCAAAGAAUUUCCUCCAGAUCUGCAAGAAAAUUCUGUGCAGGCUCUUUAGAGUAUUUGUCCACGUCUACAUUCAUCACUUUGACCGUAUCAUCAUUAUGGGAGCUGAAGCCCAUGUAAACACCUGUUACAAGCACUUUUAUUAUUUUGUGACAGAGCUCAACCUCAUAGACCGCAAGGAACUAGAACCUUUGAAAGAGAUGACAGCCAGGAUGUGUCACUGAAGAGGAGCAGUCGAAUGAAGAAAAAACGCAAUUUCCUGCUAACUGAAGAACUAGAAGAAUACACUAGCCCUCACAGGCAGUUAAUUCUUUAAAAGCAGGAAAGCCAGUGGCAGGAGAUUAUUGCUUUCACAGACACUUCCCACCAUCAUGUAUGCUCUUAACCCUAAAAUGCUGCUAGGUACCUCCUUGGAGAGUUGCGGAUGACCUGGAGAGAAAGAAACGAGCAGUUCUUUUUCCAUACUCCUUGAAUGGAGGAGGCGUUCAUUAGACUAUAAAUCAUUUCCAUCCACCAUCCUGCUCUUAAAGCUUUGCUAUGAUGUUGGUUGCUGGGUGUGCUUUUGAAACUAACCUUAGUAUUAAAAGAAAAGUUGCUAAUUGGUGAUUAGAAUGCAUUGUUGUGCAGGUACAGGACCCCCAGUAAAGUCUCUGCCCUUUCUUCAGCUUUUCAUUUGCUGAAAAGAAAUGUACAGCAAGUAGAGAAUGAGCUUAAUAUCUCAGAGUAUCAUCCUAAUUAUUUGCAACACAGCUGGCAAGAAGCCAGUUGCCUGCUUUUCCAUUUCAUACUAGCAUGUCUGUUUACCUGGGUGGCACUUUCAGAACAUUUCCCACUGUCUGCACACUUAUCCCUUGCCUAUGCUGUGGCUGUCCGGGCUCAAAAGCUUAAUAGAGAAGCUGUUAACUCAGAUCUCAAAAGCAAGAUCAGUGAUCCCAAAGAUCCCAAGAGGCUAGAUAAAAAUGUGGUGUUUGCUUUAUCAUUUUCUCUGGCGUCCAGUUCUUGCCUGGCUGGCUCACAGAAACAAACAAAAAACCAAAUCUGAUUUUUAUACACACACAGUAUAAAAAAGAGAAAGCAAGUGCAAAAAAGAAAGAAAAUGCAGUUCUUUCUCAUGCAAGUGAGCAGCUUGCUGGAGAGGCUGGAGAAAAGCUGCAGAAAAGUCUCUGAUCUCUGGGAUUAGCGGCCUGAGUAAUAUGCUUCAGAAUCUGGAAGAAGUAGGCUGUGCACAAGUGUGUACAUGUACGUGUGUGUGUUUUAUGGAAAGAAAUUGACUGGUUAGCAUAGGUGUAGGCACCCAUGUGCCAUCCAGCUGUUUUAGACUAUGACUCCCAUAAUCCUUGCAUAUCAAUGAUUCUGGCUAGGGCUUGUGGGAAUUGAAGUCCAAAAUACCUGGAAGGUACCACAAGAAGACAUAGAUUUCUGGGAGAUGGGCAGAUAUCACGAGGCACAAAGAACUCUGUGCUGACAUAGACACACCUGUUCCGUUGCACCAUUCGUACUGGAACCACAGUCACUUGCAGGGCAUUUUCAGAGGACGAGCGAGCGUAUGUGCACUCCCAAGCUGCAACUGUAAGGAUUUAGGGAAAGCAACUUGCAUCUCCACUAUGAGACUGUGUCCCUUCUUGUAAUCACACCUAUGCAUCUUUCUAAACUUUCUUUCUAUGUCUCAAGGUUUGUUGGUAAAUGCUUUGAAAUACCACUGUGCCUGAACUUUUUCUUUCAACUAGAAUGUUUUCUUACUUCCACUUACUUCACUUGCCUGGGAAUUUGGUGAUUGGCAUGAUUGGGAUAUUGGUUAUAAUGUUGUAAAUGCAAAGUUUUGUGUGAGGAAGGUCUGAAAGUAGGAUGACUUUAAGACAGCAUUAACUGGCAGAUAGCCAGUCUGAAGCAGGGCUUGUUCAUACUUGUAGUAUGUGCAAGAUCUGUUGUUGCACAUGUGGAUGUCCAGUCAAGUACUUGUCUUCCCUUGAUUUGAAAGAUAAAAGUCCUUGUUAAAGAUUGUGUGAAUGAUGAUUAAGGCGAAGAUGAGGUUAGAAACAUUCCAUUUUUUAAAGUGUCUGAUUAAAGUGCUCUCCUUCCAAUUCUUAGUACAUAGAUGAUUCCUUAGCCACUUUAUCCAGUGAAAUUACGUAAGAUUGGUGACUGCAACCAACAGUCAAGGAAUAUCUACGGCUAAGCCUAUUAGCCACUAUUUACUGAUGCAGCUUUAAAACACAAUUUAGAAAAUAAGGGGAGAAUGGUAUCAUAUCUGAUGUGCCUUCUGGGGAAUUAAUCUAGUCUUUCAUUAUAUUGGGAAGUUCAUUUGUCACACCCACGCACAUACACACCAAUUAGUCAUUCUUGCCUCCCCCAUUCAGUCAUUUAUUUUGUUAAAAAUCAAUCCUAUGCAUGUUUAGAAAGAAAGAUCUAAAAGGUUGUUGGGGGGUUUUUUUGGGGGGGGGGUCUAAUCGUGCACAGGAUGGUGCUCUGCCAGUUAUUUUUGAAAAUGGUUAUUAGGAAACUAAUCUGACAGAAGGUAAAAAUUGAAAUACUGAUACUACAGAUCACGUAUGUUGGCCUUAAAGCAUCAUAUACAUUGAAAAGUAUCUGGAGUUUUGAAGGAGUUAUUUUAGGCAUGCACAUGUUGUUCCCAUAUAGUUUCAGUAACAACUUUUAAAGCUAAGACAGAUCUGUGUGAUUUUGAGUCCAAACACGUUUAUGUAAAAUCUCAAACUUUAAUAUGUGCAGAAAUGAUACAUCCCUUCAUUCAGUGAGCCAAUUUAGUAUGUGCACCGAAAGCCGGGCAUCAUUUUCUGUCCUGUGCUUCAUGCCAUCCCCUUCCUUGCCACCUACAUGCUGCACACAUUACAUGAAUCAACCUCUGAAUCCUAUCUUAGUUUUUGAUUUUUGUCUUUUGCCCACUGCAACAGAUCUGGCUGCCCUCAAAGCCCCCUCUGUGCAUUUUUCCCAUUUGGCAUCAUAGUUUUAAAGAAAGGCACUGCACUACAAAGACACCCGAGAAAGGGCUAUAGGUAUGGUGGGCAGACUAGGAUCUUUGUGGUCCUAGAUUUGCCAGUUCAGUGUUAUAGACAGCUGGCUACUGCUCUAGCCCAUUUCCCUUCUGCUCAGUCCUGAAGAGCACACAGUCUGCAUCUAAACAAAUCAUGGGACGUUCCCACUCCGCUCCUGCUGUCUAAACCAUGUAUUUCUAUUCAUGUUUUCUUUUGGAUCAAAGAUAUGAAGCCUAUAUUCUUUUAAUACUUGGCUGAUUAAACUUUUUGCCAUUUCAAGAACUUCCAAACUGAAGCCAGGAUCAAAGCAACCUGAGAAGAAUUUCCAAUUGUGCAGCAAGGUUUUGGACAGAAAUGUGUUUUGCCAAGACACCUUGGCAGCAGAUACCCCAGUUAAGUUUCCAGAGCCUUGGGAACUGGGCACUUUGUAUCUGCUGCUGCUUGUCUAAACCUGGAAUGUAACAUUUGCUUUAACGUGUUAUCUCAAAGGAAUUAACAGCAGGAACUGGAUUUGCCAGAACUGCUUUGUGUAUGAUUUUUGGAAGAACACUGCAAUAGCUUGUACUGCUUGGUGAUGCGUGGCCAUCCAGUAGCCAGUGGAUCAGUGUGGUGUUUCUCUUUACUGCACGGAAUGACCAAAUUCUAAACCUUUACUCAGGAAAAAGUAAUUUGCUCUCCACAGUUUAGAGGUUGCUGUUGCUCCUUGUGGUUUAGAGAGAUGGAGAAUGUGAUAAUAUGUAUGAAACUGGAAACUGAACUUUUCAGAAGCAAACCACUUAGUUGAGGGUCCCAACAUUUAACAAAAUGACAGAGCUGUGUUGGUUUUUCUCAGUUGUGAAUGCCCCAUCUUUAGGAAAAAUAAGACCAUAAAACUAGUAUGAGAGGCUUAAACUGAGCCUGUGUUCCCAAUGGCUUCCCAUUCUGCCACCUCCCCAUGCAGCCUGUGAUGUCUGUUUCUGCACUGCUGAAAUUAGUGAUGGCAAAACAAGAGGCGCUGCACUGCCCCAGAGCAGUAAAUGUAUCAAUUUUAUCUCAGCAACAUGCAGCCUAUGGCACCUGUACUGUUUUGCCAUUGACACUUCCGAUUUUUUAAAAAAAAUUAAAACUUACUUCUUUUUGAAGUCACCAAAUCCAGUACUAUGACAGUAGCAGGAGGGUGGCUUGCAGGGGGUGCAAAAAUGGCCCCCCGAUUCCUCAAAGCUGCCUGCCCCUACUGUAGAAGAUAACCCCACCAUUAACUUCCACAGCUUGUCUAGUGGUAAACCUUGAUAACAGCCUUUGUUUUAAUAGCUUAUGUUUCAUUGGCAGUGAAAGGUGAGUACAAAUGGUGGAUAUGGUGCAUGAAUGGGAACUUGUAAAUGAUUGCACAUGACAAUUUAGAAAUGCAUAACAUUGAUUGCACUCAUGCCAAGCAAACAUUUUACUGUGUUUUAAUGCUCAUACCAGGAAAAUAUUGAAAAGAGAGGGAAAGUGUUAUGUCAAAUUUGGUUAUGGGCUAUUUCUACUGGCUGGUUUUAAAUGUCAACAGUUUAUUAAACUUGAAUAUAGAAGUUUAGUUCAUCAUACAUAUGAAUAGAUAGAGCUUCCUUAUUCCUAAUUUCCUUUCACACAUUAGCCCAACAAAACCAAGUAUUAGAAACUGGUAGAUAGAUUAUUUCUUUUUCUGUUUUUCAGAUGUUCCUAUUUUGAAAUGAUAUAGUUUAUAUGGAACAUUUCCAAGAAACACAGUUAUUUUUCUUACCUAAUCUGUGAUGAUACAUGUGGGAGUUUCCCCACACCAAUUUAGGUAAAGGCUGCAGAUUGUUUUCAAGGGUUUAGGGUUAAUGUUUGUUUAGGUUAAAUGUUUGUUUGAUUACAUUGUGUUUUUUCUGCCCCACCAAAUUCUAUCAAUAUGUUCUUUAGCAAUAUCAAAGCCAAUGCAUUCAUAGAAUAUUUUAGUUCCAUGUGUGAUUAAAUUAAGAGUUCAGUUGUAUGUUGAGACCAAUGCUGUCAAUGAAAUAAAAUGUCUUUUAGAAAAAGAUAACAUGUCUAAUGUUGCAUUAAUCCUGAUUCAUAUUUGUAAGUUACCGAAGGAAGAAAAACAUAGGUAUACCACAGCAACUCUGUAGAAAAUCCCAUUUUAAGUAACAAUUGUGCAUGUAAAAGAAGAAGAGGUAGAAUCCAAUUCCCUUUUGGGAUGACACAUUGAAAUUUAUGGCU